UACUCUUUCCUCAACACGCGUUCAUCGAAUAAACACAUGCAACUCGCCACUGAACACGCCGGAGUACUCGCAUCUACACUCAUCCCUCGUUGAAUGUUGUAUUUGCACAAUGGCGGACAAGUACAUUCUCAAAGUCACCGCCGGCCCCGACUACUCCGACCAAACGCCCAUCCCCAUUAACACCGCCGAGACCAGCCACAUCUCAUCCUCCCACCUCACCGCCAACCUCCAGAUCCGCAUCCAAAACUACCGUGGACUGCCCGCAGGCUCGCCACAGACAUCCCCGUAUUUCUCAAAGCACCCGCACGAGCACGAUCUCUACUCCUUGGAAUUCUCCUUCACCCCCAAAGAAGACAUCAACGGCCACGAUCUGGUGUUUGGCAACGACUUUGACCAUCCGAUCAGAGACAAGCUUCCCCCAGGAUUUCAGCAGGCCUUCAAUCUGGUGAAAUGGUUCAUUGAUCCCGGGUUGUAUGGAGAUGUCCACGCCGAUGAACCGUAUCUGUACGGGCCUCUUCUUUCAUCCAUCAACACUUUCCGCAUCGGCCCAAAAGACGACCAGGAGCAGGAACGGACGGAAGAGGUCCGGGCGAAUGCCGCAGAGGGUGACUCCGUGGAAGAGGGUGGAGAUGGUGAUGGCCUGCACGUGAGGGAGGAGCUGGGCAUUCCGGCAGACGCCGCGGCGCGAAAGAAGCACUUCCUUACCGAAGCCCAUCAGAAGGCUUUUACUUUUGAAAAGGGGCGAGAGUAUCGGAACGACUUCUUCAACCCAUAUCUGGACUUCAAUGAAUUCUCCCUUAAGCUACCCGGCUGGGGAAUGAUACCCGGCAUCACUUUGCCCAUCAUCAACUAUUGGGACGGCCAGCCGUUACGCUCGCACUCGCUCAGAUAUGUGCUCAAAAACCGGGCGACCAACGACCCGCUCUUCGUCAUCGUCUUUACUCUGCUGCCAGCGGACGGCAAAGAAGAUGGCGAGGGCGAGCAGCACGCUUCGGCUAAUGACAACGACGAUGUGGAUUGAUCCCUCACCUAACAUAUCCUGAGACAUUCAUCACUCCAGAGGACGCUUCCAGUGCUCACCCUCGCUCGCAAAGGGGGGCCGACUAUCUCCCGCACAUGUAACCUUCGAAGAAGUAAACUGCGAGAUGAACACCCCAAUCCUACACCGAGGCCGCCCUGGUCGGAUGUCAAGCGGAGGCAGCAGACAAAACCUAUGC